GACCGGAUCGGAGCAGUAGCGUCACUUCAGAGACGACAAGACUGAGGCACUCGGCCAAACCUGACCGAACCCACCCAUCAGCAUGUCUGAACCUAGGUACCGUGACUGGAUUUUGGAGACCAUCGACUCACUGCGAUCGAGAAAAGCCAGACCGGACCUUGAAAGAAUCUGUCGAAUGGUCCGGAGGCGACACGGCUCAGACCCAGAUCGAACCCGUUCGGAACUGGAAAAACUGAUCCAAGAGCAAACAGUGUUGAAAGUUAGCUACAAAGGCUCAAUCUCCUAUCGAAACGCGGCCAAGGUGCAGAGAAAGAGCCGAAAAAAGACUGAACAGACGACCGGCAGUAGCGGAGCUGGGGGAGAACAAACCAAAUACGCCAAAUCCAAGAACAGCGACAGUGCGCACAGUCCCACGGAGACGAAGGAGACUAGGGGCAACGACUCAGAUCUAAUUGAGACAAAACACUACGGUGACCCCAAGCCUAAAACAACGGCCGUCGCCGCCGAGAAAACCGAAGCGGUUCUGGUCCCGGCUAGCGGAAACUGUCUCGGCUGUGGCGCAGCGGUUUGCAAGAGUCAAGCUCGUUGUGCAGCCGCGAGCGGCGGCGUGAAAGCAAGUGCACAGAAAGACAAGAAACUGCCGCAGACGGAGGACAGGAGUGUUUUAACCGGUCGAGAUACAAGCGCCAGCGAAGAUACAGAGACCGGUGCUCCCAAUAAGAGCAGGGGGGCUCGGGGAGUGGAAGCGGGCUUGUCCGGGCACGAGGGUAGUAGUAGUAGUAAUGACAAGGAAAAGAAAACUUGCACGGGCGCAAGUGCCAGCAGCAACAGUCACCCUCCCGGACAUAAGCAGCAAGCGUCGCUCAAACACAAACUCGGGGUCGGGCCGAAGGCUGGGAGUCCGGAUCUGGGCGAUCAGCUGGUGGCUUCUGUUCGGAGCCUAGUGGAGAAGGGUCGGGGAAGCGCCGCCGCAGCCCGCGGACACACGCCAUUAGGCUUGAAGGAGAUACUGGGCUUCCUGAGCUCGCAGGAGCGCCUAUCGCAGGAGAAGCUCACCCGCAGCAAAGUCAAAGUGGUGCUCGAGAGGGAGGUGGCGAGGGGUCGACUGCGAAGGACCAGGUUUGGGAACAUCACUCUCCCCGUUCGGGGAGUGGGAGCGGCGAAACCGUCCGCGCGACUACUAAAGAGCGCACUGCAGGAUAGACACAUGGCGAGAAAGGUUGAGGUGAAAAAAGUGGUCGCUACGGAAACGGAAUGCAUUACAGCAGAGGGGGUGGCAGAAAACCAAGAUGAGAGUAAAGGCACCUCAGGCACUCUGGACAGGGCCGCUGAGUGUCUCGUUCCGAAGAGGGAGGCAGGGGUGCAGGGUGUUGCCAGGGGCAACCCGACUCAGACCCACCCCCACCCCCACCCCCACCCCAACCCCAACCCCAACCCCAACCCCAACCCCAACCCCAUCUCCAUGGAGCAGUCCCAGGCCACGCCCCUCCUGGGCUCCAUCAGCGGCCCAGACAUCACAGACCUUCCCAGCAGUGCCCAGGGGAAACCCCAUCCCCUGUCCUCCUCUGCUCGCACGUGUUCCUGCUGCCCCAUGGAGAUGCAGACAGACCUCCUGGGAGACUCAGGUGGGCCAGAGGUGGGGGUGCAGCCGCGGGCCGUUUGUCCGUCCGCCCAGAGGGAGACGCCGCAGGGAGGGGAGGAGGUGCGGGUGGAGGAGAGCGCCAUCACCCCGGACCAGCUGGUCUCCGAAUCUCAGAAUCAGGUGAUGGUCGUGGGUGAGAGCGGGAACCUGACCUCCUCCGUUCCUGCAGAAAGCUGUUCGGGGUAUAAGAUGGAGGUGGAUGAGGCCUCCUGCCUGCUGACUCCCACUGCCUCCCCACAGGGCUCGGGUGGGAUGGAGGAACGAGGGAUGAACGGAGGAGUCUUUGUCACGGUGGAGAGGGACGUCCAGAACCCGGUGGAGUGGAGCGUGGCCGACGUGGCGAGCUACUUCACCGAGGCCGGGUUCCCGGAACAGGCCUCGGCCUUCCGAACGCAGGAAAUAGAUGGAAAGUCGCUCCUCUUGAUGCAGCGAAACGACGUGCUGACUGGCCUGUCGAUCCGGCUGGGCCCCGCCCUCAAGAUCUACGAGCGGCACGUGAAGGUGCUGCAGAGGACGCACUUCCAGGACGAUGCGGGCUUCUGCUGAGUGACAGCUGGCCCUGCGCUCCAGUGCACCUCACCGCGUACCGUACUGAGGAGUUUACCAGCAGCACACCUGUGCAUUCCUGUACACACACACUCACACACACUCACACACACUCACACACACUC